AUGACGGCUUCUGCGCGCGCGGAUUCCUCAGUCUCCGCGGUGGAGAAGUCGCGUUCUCUGGGCAGGCGCUCGCGUUCUGUCUGUCGAGCAAACGGGACUGUCGCCCCGCCACCCGCCUGUGCGGCCGUUUUCUGCCGGCGCGUCCUUUUCUUCGCGGCUCUGUUCUCGCUGCCCUGUCUCUGCUGCUUCUUCUUCAACCUGCAGAUAUCCCUCCUGCCCUGGCUGCCCAUCUCUUCUUCGCCUUCCGCGGGUGAGACGCGCUCCACACUCCUCCCUGCCUUCAGUGUCUCCGCGCCCCAGCCGCAUGCAGGCCGAAAACUGGCGUCUGAUGGUUUUCCGCGCUUCUUCUCCUUCUCGCUGGAAUCUCUGCAGACCUUUGAGCACGACGCUGCAGCGCCUGCGUCUUCUCGCGGUGCUGCCGCCAGAUACGGCUCGCGGCUUCCCCCGUUCACCCAGGCCUUGCUUCCUUCGCCUUUUCAGCCUGCGUUGUCGGAGCUGCGCAGGCAGGUAGCGGCCGCGAGUCGCGGCGCGCUCUCCGCAGACGCCGACGCGUGCCUCGAGGCGUUCGGCGGCGCGUCCGUCCUCGUCGAGAGCUCGGGACUCUACGAGGCGUCUUUCCUGCGAGAGUUCGACUUCUGCACCGGACAGACCCUCCGCAAAGUCUUCCUCCAUCCCUCGCUCUUUGCUGAGGGUGUAGCCUAUCUGUGGGAUGCGGAGAAGCAGCAGCUUCUCCUUCUUCUUCUCACUUGGCUAGAAAAUCGGCUGGUGAUCCUCGACGGCCUGUCGUGGGAAGAAGUUGCGCAGCUCCAGGUCCAGUUCGAGGGCUGGGGUCUCGCCUCGUCGCUCACCUCCGACGACGCCGCUCUCGCCGUCGCGCAUCUUUCAUCCAGUGCUUCGCGGCAUCGUCGGCCUCGGCCUCCGUCGUCGACUGCUUCCAGUUCUUCGUUCAUCCCUCCGGAGGCCGGCGACGCACUCGCCCCGGAAGAGAUGCAGCGUCUCCAGAGACAGGUCGCGAACCAGAGACUCUGGGCAACGACUGGAAGCGACCUGUUGCUCGAGCUGGACGUCCCCAGUCUCUUCGCUGCCAUUCGACGCAGCGAAGCCUCGCGACGCCUCCAGCAAAGUGGGGAGCCUUUGUCCGCUGCUCCCUCUUUUUCGCCGUCUUCGUUCCCUUUUGAUCCGUCUUCGUCUGCUUCUUACGUCGUUGCAGGAGGAGUGAAUGAGGAUAUGUCGACUGCGCCUGCGCCAGCCUCUUCUUCUGAGGCGCCGGUGUCGAGUCGGCAGGCGAAUGCGUUGCUCCGGCUGGGCUCUCUCUUGGUGGGUGGGGCGACGGCGGGAGUGGACGAUUUGCAGAAGAAGAUGGAAGACUUGGCGACGGUGGUCGAGGCCGAGAAAAAGCGAAAGCCUGCGACGGUCGUUUCUGAGGAGGCGUACGCCCUCCCUCGUGGACCUGCCGGCUCCGCAGCUCUCGCAGCUUCAGCGCUGCCCCCCGUGCGAACUUUGCCUCUCGUAGCCGUGAAGCGCCAGACUCAAAUCACCUGCUUAGGGCGGCCUGUCCCUCAAGUGAACGAGCUCGAGUUUCUCCCUCACACUGGCUCGCUCCUGGGGAAUAUCUACGGCGAGUCUGUGCUGGUCGAAUUCAACGUGGACACCGGGAACUGCCGGGGUCUUCUGUCCUUCGGAGGCGUCGCCGGAGUCUUGAGGUCUUCAGAUCGAUCUGUGAAGGUGAUGAACGGCGUCUCUCUGCUGCCGAGGAGACAGGUCCGCGCUGCGAGCCCACUGACCGCCUCGCCUCCUUUGCCCACCUCAAAGGCCUCGCGCCGCUGGCGGAGACUCGCCGAGUCCCCUCUCGCCGUCGCCGUCACAGGGAAGCACUGGCAUGAGCUCCACGUCGCGGAGCUCGUCGAGCUGCUGCCGCCGCGAAGUCUCAAGAGCUACUCGGAAGUCCACCGCGUCUUCCCUGGAUUCUUCCACCGCGAAGGCGUCGCACGAACCUAG